UUAUUGAAAAAUAAUCAUAAGAAUAGAAAAGCGAGUACAAACGAAGACAUAACCUUCCUUACACCAGCCCAGAGAAAUAGAUCACAUACUCGAAAAAUUGGCAAGUUAGCUUUGUCUUAUCGAAUGAAAUGAAUAAGAACACAAGGGAGACUUUGACCUCUAAGAAACGUGACCAUUCAAGACAAUGCAAGCUAAAUUAGUGAAAAAAUAUGCGACUCAAUUGCUCUCUUUGAAUGAGAAUAGGAGGGUCUUAACGUAUGCAGUCUUACCCUUACUUCGCGAAGAUGUUUUUUAUUGAUUCAAACUUGAGACUACUAGGUUACAACGGAACAAUCUUACCGUUGUGCUGGGGACUGCCCUCUCUCUCCUUUGUUCUCUUUGCCCCUAUUUUAUGAACCCUUCUCUUAUCCUCCCAUAGGAUGAUAUGACUUGGAUAUUAAGAAGGGACGUAGUUUCUCAUAACCCAUGGUGAAUAGAGAAUCUCUUCACCUAUGAUAUCAACUCUCUAAUUGGAUUAGAGAAGGGUAUUUUGGACCUUCAACAAUAAGAAGCGGAUGAUGACAUUUACUCUUUGAAGAAAAACUAAAUCAAUUUACUAAAAAAAAAAAAAAUAAAUGAAUAAAAAAAAAAUCCAUUAAGAAGAGUAGGUGUUUUUUGAAAUUAAAAGAGUCUGUUCUCUUUUUUCUUUCCACCCAAACCCACACGCAUAAAUGGCCUGGUCUUAUUCAAACAAUUUAAAAAGCAUUAUAUCCUUUUUCCUCUUACAUUUCUCCUAUUUUAUAGAUCUGAUAUGGCUAAUCAUAGAAGGCCUCUCCCGCCAACUUAGCAUUUGGGGGAAAUGUGUGAAGAGGAUGGCAAAAAGAGAGCCGUUUUCAAAACUCCUCCCAAAGCCACAUGACUCAACUUACCUAACUCCUAUCUCCUCUUCUCUUAAAACCUCAAAUCCUCCCUCCCACUCCUUAGCAGCUUCCAAAUCCAUCCCUAAAUCCAAACUGAAACCCUCAUAGUGUUUUGUUUGUUUACUUGCCUUUGUUUUCUUUCUAUAUUUUUUUAGAAGUUAUUAGUUAAGGUUCAGUCCAACCAACAUUCCCUGCCCCUGCAAUACAUUUGUUUCUUCCCUUCAUUGACUCUUUUUUCUUCCACAUAUUCUAGCAGUAAUGGAAUCCCUGUUUCUGAAUCCAAGUCCUACUGUUGUAGCUAAGAUAAGGUCUUCAGAGAGGCAAGGUUGGUGCUCCAUUAAUGGGUCUUCCAGGAAGAACAAGAAUACAGUGUGUUGCCAGAGCAAUGGAAAUGUGACAACUUUUGGUGGGUUGUCCUCUGUUUUUACAGAGAGUUUGAUGCAGACACCAAUGAUAGAGAACAUCGAGCAUGGAAGUUGUCUGGUGGAUGCUGGAAGCUUAGUCUCAUCAUCAAAUGAGAAAACUAAAGAUGAUAUUCAAGUGAAGGAUUUGGUUCCUCUUAAUGGAAAACCCACCACCCUGAUGGAGGUCUCUGAUGGUAUUGGGAUUGUCAAGUUUCUUAGAGGAAAGCAGUUAUUUAUCACUGGUGCCACUGGUUUUCUAGCAAAAGUUCUCAUAGAGAAGAUUUUAAGGACAGCCCCUGAUGUGGGUAGGAUCUUUCUCUUGAUUAAGGCAAGAAACAAGGAGGAUGCAGUGAAUAGAUUGAGGAAUGAAAUCAUAAAUGAAGAACUUUUCAAGUGCCUGAAACAAAAUCAUGGGAAAGCAUAUCAAUCAUUUAUGCUCAGCAAGCUGGUUCCUGUGGUGGGUAAUGUCUGCGAAUCUAAUAUUGGAAUGGAAGAAGAUUUAGCUGAACUUAUCGCGGGGGAAGUUGAUGUAAUCAUAAACUCAGCGGCCAAUACUACCUUCGAUGAAAGGUAUGAUGUUGCUCUAGAUAUAAACACAAGAGGAGCUUCUCGACUUAUGAGCUUUGCGAAGAGCUGUAAGAAACUUAAACUCUUCCUGCAAGUGUCAACUGCAUAUGUUAAUGGUAAAAGGCAAGGUAGAAUCUUGGAGAAAGCCUUUUGCAUGGGAGACAGCAUAGCAAGGGAGACAAUCAUCCCCAAAGCCCCUUCAUCUCUCCCUCUGUUAGAUGUUGAAGGUGAAAUAAAGUUGGCCCUUGAAUCCAAGAGGGAUUUCCAAGACCAUGCAGUUGCACAAAAGAUGAAAGAAUUGGGUUUAGAAAGGGCCCGUAUACAUGGGUGGCAAGAUACUUAUGUGUUCACAAAGGCCAUGGGUGAGAUGCUUAUUGACAGUCAGAGAGGAGAAAUACCGGUAGUCGUCAUCCGUCCUAGUGUCAUUGAAAGCACCUGCAAUGAGCCUUUCCCUGGAUGGAUGGAAGGAAACAGGAUGAUGGAUCCAAUAAUCUUAUAUUAUGGGAAAGGCCAGCUUACAGGGUUUCUUGUAGAUCCCAGGGGAGUCCUUGAUGUAGUCCCCGCCGACAUGGUUGUAAAUGCAACCUUGGCAGCCAUUGCAAAGCAUGGCGCAGCAAGGAAACCGGAGAUGAACAUUUACCAUGUUGCUUCAUCAAUGGUGAACCCACUACUGUUUCAAGACUUAGCAAAAUUCCUCUAUGAACACUUCAGUUCCUCCCCUUACAUGGACUCAAAGGGAAGACCAAUUCAUGUCCCAACAAUGAAACUCUUCAAUUCCAUGGAAGAUUUCUCCUCACAUAUAUGGAGAAAUGCCAUCCAAAGAAGCGAGCAAGUGGCUGCAGCAGCUUCCAAUGAGAAACUAUCUCGUAAAUUCAAAAUUGCAUGCAAGAAAUCAAUGGAGCAAGCAAAAUACUUAGCCAACAUAUAUGAGCCAUAUACUUUCUAUGGAGGAAGGUUUGAUAACACCAACACUGAGAGGCUAAUGGAGGAACUGUCUGAAGAAGAAACAAGGAGCUUUGGAUUUGAUGUAAGGAGCAUAGAUUGGCAGCAUUAUGUCUCAAACAUUCAUAUUCCUGGUCUGAGAAGGCAUGUAAUGAAGGGGAGAGGGAUGUCUGGAUAAAUUAGACCUUCUGUUUCAUAGGAAUUGGUUGUAAUGUCCUUUUUCAAUCCCUGGUAAAUAAUGGGAAGAGGGUAAUAGCUCACAUGAAUUCUGUUCAUAUUUCAGAUCUUAAUGUUC